AUGCCCCGGGUUCGGAUAGCUGCCUACCAGGCUGGGCCAUUCAUCUCAACAUUUGCCAACCCAGUGCGCACAGGGCUCUACUGCAGUGAGGAUGGGGUAGUGAGUGUGCGAACUCCAGAAGACCGGUUAGAUGCUUUUAUUGAGGGAGAGGCACCCUGCCCUGCAGACACCCCUGCAGACAACCCUGCAUUGCUGACAGCUUUGGAGAAGCCGGUUUCUUUGGAAGAUACUCACACCAGUGAUUGCUUCUUACUGGCACUGUUGCUCAUCCUGAUAGAGAUCUGGUGCACUUUGGGAAGGUGGCUGCAGUGGAUGAAGAAGUGGUUUCUGCUGUGCCAGGAAAAAGAGAGCAGCAGGCCGUGUGUCAAGAUGACGAAGGGGAACCCGGCUGUAACAACUCCUCUACGGCAACAGAAGAUGGUACUUGCGGCAAUAAGAAUGACCCUUCCGGUGUGGUUCUUCCAGAAAACCCAGAAGACUUGUCUGCAAGCUGCAGUGCAGAAGGCGUGGCAGGCUCAACCUCAGCUGCACAAGGAUUGUUUGAAGGAAACAUGCCUCAAGAUGACUGAGCCCUUGUCUGUUCAAGGGGACAGGCAGAGGCUAGUUGUUCAUGUGGAUUCUGGAGCAGAGAGCAACUUCAACACAUUCCAGUUUUGGCGUGUGCCUAUUCCAGAGGUGGAAGUGGACAUAGAGUUCUUAGGUGAUCGCCCUACAGCUGUCCAUGUCAGGGCAAAGUCUCAAGACCAAGACAACCGCUGUUUCUCUUCUGAUGUCAGUGUUGAAGUACUUGGUGCGGACACCCAUCAGUAUGCUGCAAAUGCAGUCUCAUCUGCAGAACAAGCUGGCAGUGUUCCUAAUGAAAGGCUCUCUGGUGAUUCAUCAACUCUAAGAAUUCGGACGGCCUCUUUAUCUUCACUAACAUCUGCUGACCAAGAAUGUAACCUCUUGCUUUCUUCUUCAGUCACCGAAGCUUCUGUGGCUUUUAAUGAAGCUGGGGAAGUUGCAGGUGUGCACAAAGUACGGAUGAGCAAGUUGAAGGAGAUGGCAGGCAGUGAAAACAUGCUGCUUUCAAAAUCUCGCAACACUUGUUCUGAUAGCUGGUCUGCCCAUGAACAAGACAUAGUGCCUGUGCUGUUGCUGGAGCGGUACCAGACCAUGACUGAUCCCAAUUUAGCUCAGAAUUUGGACUCUGAAAUAGGGCGACACUGUGCCCAUAGCCUACCUGCUGUGGCACUUACCCUUGGUCGCCAGUACUGGCCUUGCCUGCGGACCACCUACCGCUGUUUAGUGUCUGACGUGCAGUGGAAGGUGCGACACAUCGUGGCAUCCUGCUUGCACGAGCUAGCCACUAUCCUGGGCCCAGAAAUUGCUUCACGGGACUUGGUGCCAAGCUUUGAAGGCUUUGUACGAGAUGUGGAUGAAGUGCGAGCGGGUCUGCUGGAGCGGCUUGCACAAUUCUUGCGUGGCUUGAGCAGAGGAGACCAGCGUCGCUCACUCCCUUUGUUGGCGGACUUCCUCUGCAUGGAUAACAAUCGGAACUGGCGCUUUCGAUCCACUCUAGCAAGGCAGUUGAAGGAGAUAGCUGCUCUGUACUGCCCAUUGGAUAUUCAUCAGUACCUAGUCCCCAUUGUGAACGAACUGCUGGCGGACAAAGUGGCUGAAGUGCGCCUCACGAGUAUUGAUGCUGUGACCAUAUUCUUGCACAGAUUGGAGCCCCACCAUCUCAUGUGCAAGCAGCUCUUACAAGAGAUGUGCACCAAAGUACAUGACCGGAAGUGGGCUCAGCGUCAAUUAUUUUGCCAGUUGGCUGAACAGAUGGUGAGAGAAGAGUGCUUGAGUGAGGAUGAGUUAAUUGGAACUGUGCUGCCAAAGCUGCUGUACCUGCGCAGUGACACCGUGCCCAACGUCCGCAUGGCCCUAGCGCGUUGUCUGGUCAGAAGCAUUUGGCCCAAGGCCUUUUUUUGGGACACUGGAAAUUUCUACAGAGAAGAACUGAAGGCAACCCUAGCCAGCCUUCAAGCAGAUAAAGAUCGGGAUGUGCGCUUUUGUGCCCAGACUUAUCCGAAAGACUCUGUGGACUGAAUGACAUUCAAGUGAAUUAGGCAUUGUUUUUUUUUUCCUUCACCCUCCUCUCCAGAAGGGUCACUAUUGCACCCUCACAUUGAAGAUAUGGAGCUGUGAUAACACUCCCAGGGGGAGGGACCUUGUUCCGUUUUAGGUGUUAUUUUAUUGUUGCUUUUGAAGACAUAACACUGGUGAGGCAAGGAUUAAGUGCCAAUUUUGACAUAGUUGAACAAGUGGCAACAGAUGCUAUGAAGCAUGCAAGUGGCUUUCACCAUGCCAUCUUUCUAAUGAAAUGCCCAGCAAAAGCUUUUUGUGCAAUUCUGUACAGUUAUUUUAACUUUUUAGAUCUGUGUGAAGUUUGCCUCUAUGCUUUUCGGAAUGAAUUCAGGCCAUUUGUGACCAAAUAUAGCAUGCUGGGAGCCAACUAGUCCUCAAGGAUAAACAAAUGUUUGGGUUCUUGAAGCUGCUCUGGUUGUAGUCAGUGGUGCUGCCAUUGACAACUGAUCAUUUUUAAUGGCAAUAUUUGCAACAGGCAUGGCCACUUUUGUGCACUUUUGUACUAAGAUGUGCUAAAUAAUGUCCCAAUCAAGCAAAUUUUUGCCAACAAUUGAUGCCUGUUUGGGGAUUGCUUUCCCUUCAACUUUUCUAUGAGCUGUUUCGGCACAUUAUCUGUGAUAUAUAUAUAUAUAUAUAUAUUAUAUAUAAAAGAAUGAAAGGGUUGGAGGGGUUGGUGAUAUGUCAUUCACAGGAUGCUUUGAACUUUUGUGCUGAAGUUUUGCAUUGCAGACCAUGUGAUAACUGGAGCAGUUGGAAUAUAUCUAUUUUUGUAUAAAAUGUUCACCUCUUAGUUUACCAUAAAUAAAAAUGUUUCCAUGAAAA